CGUCAGUGCGCGGCGCGGCGCGGCGGGCGCGGCAGCAGCGGUGAGGCAGCAGCCAUGUCGGCCAUGGGCACGCUGGCGUUUGAUGAGUAUGGGCGCCCCUUCCUCAUCCUCAAGGACCAGGAGCGCAAGACGCGCCUCAUGGGGCUCGAAGCGCUCAAGUCUCACAUAAUGGCAGCAAAGGCUGUUGCAAGUACUCUGAGAACAUCUCUUGGGCCCAAUGGCUUAGAUAAAAUGAUGGUGGAUAAAGAUGGUGAGGUGACUGUGACCAAUGAUGGUGCUACCAUCCUGAAUAUGAUGGAUGUGGAUCACCAGAUAGCCAAGCUGAUGGUGGAGCUGUCUAAAUCUCAAGAUGAUGAGAUUGGAGAUGGAACUACAGGAGUGGUUGUUCUGGCUGGAGCGUUGUUGGAACAGGCUGAACAGUUACUAGAUCGUGGCAUUCACCCCAUCAGAAUAGCAGAUGGUUACGAGCAGGCCGCCCGCAUUGCCAUCGAGCACCUGGACAAAAUCAGUGACAGCUUUCCAGUCGAUCCACAGAACACUGAACCUCUGAUCCAGACUGCAAAGACAACACUAGGCUCUAAAGUAGUGAACCGUUGUCACAGGCAAAUGGCAGAAAUCGCGGUAAAUGCUGUCCUGACGGUAGCGGAUAUGGAACGUAAAGAUGUCGAUUUUGAGCUGAUCAAAGUACAAGGCAAAGUGGGAGGCAGGCUGGAAGAUACACAGUUGGUUAAAGGAGUGAUUGUGGAUAAAGAUUUCAGUCAUCCACAGAUGCCUAAAGAGCUUAAAGAUGCUAAAAUUGCAAUCCUCACUUGUCCAUUUGAGCCACCCAAGCCUAAAACCAAGCAUAAGCUUGAUGUCACGUCUGUGGAAGAUUACAAGGCACUGCAGAAAUACGAAAAGGAGAAGUUUGAAGAGAUGGUGAAGCAAAUAAAGGACACUGGUGCAAACCUUGCUAUUUGCCAGUGGGGUUUUGAUGAUGAAGCAAAUCACUUGCUGCUCCAGAACGAGCUGCCAGCUGUUCGUUGGGUUGGUGGACCAGAAAUCGAAUUAAUAGCCAUUGCAACCGGAGGGCGCAUCGUGCCCCGCUUCUGCGAGCUCACGGCGGAGAAACUGGGCUUCGCGGGUGUCGUGCGAGAGAUCUCCUUUGGAACCACCAAGGACAGGAUGCUUGUCAUUGAGCAGUGCCAGAACUCCAGAGCUGUCACCAUUUUCAUCAGAGGAGGAAAUAAGAUGAUCAUUGAAGAGGCCAAGCGAUCCCUUCACGACGCCCUGUGCGUGAUCCGCAACCUGGUCCGGGACAACCGCAUCGUGUACGGUGGGGGGGCAGCUGAGAUUUCCUGUGCCUUGGCGGUCAGUGAGGCAGCAGAUAAGUGCCCAUCCUUGGAGCAAUAUGCCAUGAGGGCUUUUGCAGAUGCCCUCGAGGUGAUUCCCAUGGCUCUUGCAGAGAACAGCGGCAUGAACUCCAUCCAGAUGAUGACCGAGGUGCGGGCCAGGCAGGUGAAGGAGAGUAACCCUGCCCUGGGCAUCGACUGCCUGCAGAAAGGAACAAAUGAUAUGAAGCAGCAGCAUGUUAUAGAAACCUUGAUAGGUAAGAAGCAGCAGAUCUCUCUGGCAACUCAGGUUGUCAGGAUGAUUCUGAAGAUCGACGAUAUCCGUCGGCCUGGAGAAUCUGAAGAGUGAAGGCUGAAGAGCCCAGAAAUGUGAAGGGGGCCCCAGCAGUAGUGGAGACAGUAGUGUUCUGAUGCUUCAACUGUUUGGACACUUUUUGUUUCAGAUACUGUAAUGGCUAAUUGCUGGAAAUAAAACACAGUUUAGCACUGGUGGUUUCAA